AGGCUCGCCACACAGCAGUCGUGGACAUUACUGUGCGGUGGUCCAUGCGAGGGAAUAAAUUACAGCUGUGCCACGACUCCCACCACCACCGCUGCCAUGGCCAAGUGGCUUCUUGUGACUGUGUUCGUGUCAGCCGCCCUUGCUUUCGCGGCGCCACAGGAUGGAGAGGACAAGGAUGUGUUACAGGGGAAUUUAAAGUACGAGCAUGAGGAUGAGAAGCCAAUGCCUCAGUCCAAGGCAGAGAGAAAUUUGUUUACCUUGCCUCAAUCUACUGCGUUCCCCGCCUCCCCGUCCCGACGACCACUGUGGGCGCCGAGCACCAGCCAUGGAGGCUCGGGGACGGAUGGCAAGAAGUGGUUCCUUCAACAUGCCGCAAACAUUAUUGGGGCAAACAUGUCGGCAAGGCCAACUGACUGUGGCUCCGAUGACGUGUACCUGUGUGGCAGCGAUGUGAUCUGCUUGCCCCAAGUGUGUGACGGCGUAGCGGACUGUCCUAACUGGGAGGACGAGACUGACUGUGAAUGCCUCGGGGACAGCUUUGUUUGUGACAGCGUCGUGUGCAUCGACAGCAGUAUGGUGUGUGAUGGGGCGAAGGACUGUGUUGACGGCACGGACGAGGAGCAGUGCGACUCCACCAUCACCACCCCGAGCACAACUGCAACCCAGAACACCACUUCCCCUGGCGCCCCCACUACCACCACCACCACCACCAUCACCACCACCACCACCACCACCACCACCACCAGGCCCUCUUGUAGGAACGGCGUCCGUCCCAGACUCUGCAAGGACCGCAAGACGUACGCCUGCUUCUGUGAUGGCGUGGUGGAGUGUCCCAGGGGCGAGGAUGAAUACCGAUGCAAACCAGAGGGGUGUCAGCCCGGGCAGUGGCGGUGUAGGUGUGACGGCACUUGCAUCCCGCAGCACGCUGUUUGUAAUCGAUGCAAAGACUGCCCGGACGGCUCUGACGAACGCGGCUGUGUCCCAGGCACAGGGUGGUGGAGGUGCCGGAGGGGCGGGUGGAUCAGGAUGUGGCAGCGGUGUGAUGGACGAAGGGACUGCCGCGACGGAUCUGACGAGUGGCUCUGUCCUCAAAAGCACCACUGUCACGGCACACACCACUGGCUCUCCUCCCUGUCCCGGCGCUCACGACUCAAACACCUACUGGACCUCUUUGAUGACGAUGAUGUUUACAGGGAUAGUGAGGAAGACAGUGGUGAAGAUUGGAAUGAUUAAUGAUGUUUGAUAGUGAGGGUAGUGAAAAUUGAUUAGGUGAUUGAUGUUUGAUGGGGGUGAUGUUUGCAGGGAUAGUGGUGAGGACAGUGGUGAACAUUUGAUAGGAUUGGUGUGUUUAAUUAUUACUGAGUACAAUGUAAUAUUGAAUAAUAAUCUUUUAUGUUAUUAAGUCCUCAUUACCUUUCUUUCGUCAUUCUCUCUCUCUCUCUCUCUCUCUCUCUCUCUCUCUCUCUCUCUCUCUCUCUCUCUCUCUCUCUCUCUCUCUCUCUCUCUCUCUCUCUC